CUCGUCCUCUCUUAUUCUCAUCUUUCUCUCUCUGUGUCCCAUCAUCUCUUCUCUCUAACCCCCCCUCAUGUCUGUCUCCCCGCUUUCAACUAUGGUUGACAUGCUCUCCAUGGCUUGUACUCCGUCCAUCGUGCUGGUCCUUAUUCCAUAAUUAACAACAAGCUUUUGGCUCAGGACUCUCACACUGUGGGUACAAAACCCUACUAGGGGCUUGCUCACCGGGGCCAGGCUCCAGGGACUUGUCAGUUGCUUACCUGCUUAUACUAAGGAGGCUCUGAGCCAUGGCAAUUCAGUUUGGAAACAGGAAAAGGCUGGGUAGGUUGCUCUCUGAACGUGAAGAAAUGACCCUGACCACUUCCCCCAGCUCCUCUUCCUAGCACCAGCAUGGUCCACCUUAAUUGCUGUGCAGAACUGGGUCACCCUGGUCACUAACGAGCCUUGUUAACUAUUAUUAGUCAGUAAAUGUGUUGGCCUGGAGGAAAUAUCUACUGGAAACCCUUCCCCUUCAGGAUACUCACUGGGAGGAGCUAAGGAAGGAUGAACAGUUCCCAUGCUAUGAAGACCUGUGUGCUCAUCCUGCUUGUGACCCUACUGUGUGCAGAGAGAGUCCAGGGGUUGCGCUGUUACACGUGCUUGGGGAUCGGGUCUGAGUUUUCUGAGAAAAUUUGCCCACCAGUUAACUGCUCCAGCGCUGACGCGUCCUGCGCCUCUGAGGAGGUGGAAGCCAUUGCAGACUCUUACAUGGUGAAAACGAAGAGCAAGUACUGCCUUUCUUUCUGCCCCAACAAGACUUAUGUUGCAAAUAUUGAAAUACCGGGUAUCACCAUCAUCAGCAAGCUUUCCUGUUGCAACGAAGACCUCUGCAAUGCGGCAGUUCCCACCGGGGGCAGCACCUGGACCCUGGCCGGGCUGCUUCUGCUCAGCCUGGGGUUAGCCCUCCUGCAGGCCUUGCUGUGAGGGUUCUUCCUGCUGCUCCCGCCCUGGCCUUUGUAUCCCAAUGUGUGAUCACUCCUUCCUGGAGCCCUCUAAUGAUGAGCUGUGAGUUAUAAAAUCCCUGAGGUGGGGUUCGGGUGUGGGUCAUCUGGCUUCGACUUUACGGUCCCUGCUGGGUGGGUGCCCCAGGUCCUUCAGGUCUGCGGCUCCAGCAUGCCAUCUUGUGGCUUACUGUUCUUGGCCCUGGAGGCAUGUGGACAGUGCUGGGAAGGUGUAGGGUUCCAUGGGAUUGUGCCGCCACAUAAAUCUCUGGGCCCCUGCAGGCUCCCACACACCCCGAGCAAAGCCUCCCCAGUUGAAUCCAAUAAACCCUUCGUACUCCCA